AUGUUAUUUACUGAAUUUCAAUUGAAUACAUUAAAAAUUAUUCAUUCUUUAUAUCAACAACAACAACACCACCACCACUACCACCACUACCACCACCACCACCACCUCCACCACCUUCACAACAACAACAACAACAAUAGCCAUAGCAACAGUAAUCAUUAUAAUAAUACUACUAACCAUAGUAAUACUACUAAUACUUAUACUACUACUACUACUACUAAUACUACUACUACUAAUACUACUUAUAUUAGUAAUGAUAUUAUUAUUAAUACAACAUUUCAUAUCAAUAAUUCAUUUUAUGAUAUUUUAUAUAAAAUUAUUUUAUUUAUUAAAAUUAUUCUCUAUAGUUUAAUUAUAAUUUCAGCAUUAUUUGGUAAUGGAUUAGUAUUUAUAUCUUAUAUAAAAUAUAAACAAUUAAGAAUGAUACAUACAAAUAUAUUUAUAUUAUCAUUAUCUAUAGCGGAUUUUAUUGUAGCAUUAUUUGUUAUGCCAUUAAAUGCUAUCAUGUCAUUAUUAAAUUAUAAAUGGAUAUUUGGUAAAUUUUUAUGUAAUUUUUAUAAUGCUACUGAUGUAUUAUUUAGUACAAGUAGUAUAUUACAUUUAUGUUGUAUUUCAAUGGAACGUUAUAUCGCUAUAUUAUAUCCAUUAAAUUAUCAAAAAAAAAUGUCUAAAAAAUAUAUUAUUUUAUUAUUAUGUAUUAUAUGGACAUUAUCAUUUAUUAUAUCAUAUAUACCUAUAUUCAUGGAAUUACAUAAACCAUUAUAUUAUAAUAUAACGAAUAGAUCAUCAAUACAAAUGAAUAUAAGUAGUAUAUCUAUAAUAAAAGAAAAUAUUCAACAUGAUCAUGAUCCUGAUCAUGAUCCUGAUCAGGAUGCUAAUCAUGAGGAUUCAUUUAAAUGUAAUUUUAAUGUUAAUCCAUAUUAUGCUAUUAUAUCAUCAUCUAUAUCAUUUUGGAUACCAUCUAUUAUAAUGAUAUUAGUUUAUAUACGUAUAUUUAUUGAAGCUAGAAAACAAGAAAGAAAAAUUGCUCAAUUAUAUACACCCUAUAUAUCACAAAUAAAUAAUACAAUUGUAAUGCAACAAAUCAAUCAUCCUAAUCAUAAUCAUAAUCAUAAUAAAAUCAAUUCAAUUCCAAUUAUUAAUCGUACAAUGAAUCGAUCAUCAAUCUCCUCUUCCGCCUCCUCCUCCUCCUCCUCCUCCUCCACUUCCCCUUCCUCUCCCUCUUCGUUAUCCUUAUCAUCAAAAUUACAUCAUUUAAAUGAACAAUAUCAAUCUCAUAUUAAAAUACAUUAUGAAAAUAAAGCAGCACAUACACUUGGUAUUGUAAUGGGUGCAUUUUUAUUAUGUUGGUUACCAUUUUUUUUAUGGUAUACCAUAACUAAUUUAUGUAAACAAUGUCAAUAUCCAAAUGAAUUACAAGAGAUAUUAUAUUGGAUUGGUUAUUUUAAUUCAUCUAUUAAUCCUAUUAUAUAUGCAUAUUAUAAUCGUACAUUUAGACAAGCAUUUAUAAAAAUUAUUGAAUUAUAUAAAGGGAAUAUAAAUAAUUAUGAAUUACCACAGCAACAACUACCACAGCAACAACUACCACAACAACAACAACAAUCAAUGGAUCAUUAUAAUAAAUUACCAAUAACACGAAGAUAUAAAUAUGAUCCUGUCCAUGAAUUAAUGAAUACAAGAGGGGGGAAUUAAUCAUGAUAGUGAAUUACAUCAUAUCAAAACGGUGAUAUGUACUACUGAUAUCGAUCAAUAUAAGUAGUAUAUAUGUAUAUAUCAUCAAUAGAAAAUGAAAUGUUCAAUAACAUAAGAUGAAGAUGAUCAAAGAAAAAAAAAGAUUACUAUGCAAACAAAUAGAACAAUAAAAUCCAAGAGGAUGGAUUAAUAUUUGAACUGUAUGAUCCUGAGAUUUUAUCAAGAAAUUAUGUAAUUUUAUAUUCAAGUAUAUUCGAUGAAGCUAA